AUGGCGUCAGUAGCGCUGCCGCCAUGUCCGCGCCAUUCCCGCCAUGCCGCGCUGCUCCCUGCUCCGCCCGUCAGUUCUCUCCGCGUCUUUCUCACAUCCACUCCGCCUCGCAACCCCGCGAGGCUGUCUCUCUGCUGCCUGCGCUGCACCGCCACCCGACAGCCGCACGCACACGACGUGCGGCGUGGCACUAACGCAGCGGCUCGGGGGCCGCUGCGCGCUGCGACGUCCGGGUGUGGCGGAGAGCAUGAGGGGUGGAUGGCACGGCCCGCAGCGGCGGAGAGUGCCGGCCACACUCGAGGCGGGCCGCGGGGACCCACUCGUCGCCUUGCCUUGGGCCCGGGCUCGAUCGGCACGCGGCGACCGCCUGGUUUCACCCUGCAUCCUGCGCAUCGCCUUCGCGCCCGCUGCCGGCUGCACGCGGCAGUACGCGCGCUACCUCCGCGCGCGCUCUUGACCGCGCGCCUGCUCCGCACAGCCCUCGGCCCGCCGUCACCACAGUGGCAGCGGUGCGCGCCGGGAGUGGUUGCCGCGUCGCUGCGGGCCGACCUGCUGGCGCAGGCGUGGCGGGCGCAGGGGAGCGCACAGGCGCAAGCCGUGGGCGCGGAUG